AUGAAGUGGAUACUGUUCUCUGCGGCCCUCAUUGGGCUCGGCCUCUGUGGCCGAGACAAGUUUUUUGGGGAUCAAGUUUUUAGGAUUAACGUCAGAAAUGGAGACGAGGUCAACAAACUCCAAGAGCUAGUGAAAUCAGACAACUUGAAGCUCAACCUCUGGAAAUCUUUCUCUUCCUUGGGUCAUCCUGUGGAUGUCCUGGUCCCGGCUGUCAGUCUGCAACCAGUCAAGUUCUUCCUCAAUUCUCAAGGCUUAGAUUACUCAGUGACAAUUGAAGACCUGCAGGCCCUUUUAGAUAAAGAAGAUGAAGAAAUGCAACACAACCAAGAGCAAGAACGGAGCGAUAAUAACUUCAACUACGGGGCCUAUCACUCCCUGGAAGCUAUUUACCAGGAGAUGGACAGCAUCGCUGGAGACUUUCCUGACCUGGCGAGCAGGGUGAAGAUCGGGCAUUCGUUCGAAGGCCGGCCGAUGUAUGUGCUCAAGUUCAGCACUGGAAAAGGCAGCAGGCGGCCGGCCAUGUGGCUGAACUCGGGCAUUCAUUCCCGGGAGUGGAUCUCACCGGCCACGGCCAUGUGGACUGCGAGGAAGAUUGUAUCUGAUUACGGGAAGGACCCCGCCGUCACCUCCAUCUUGGAGAAAACGGACAUCUUCUUGCUGCCGGUGGCCAAUCCGGAUGGAUACGUCUACACCCACACCAAAAACCGACUUUGGAGGAAGACACGGUCUCUACAUCCUAGAAGCCGCUGCGUUGGUGUUGAUGCGAAUAGAAACUGGAACGCUAGUUUUGCCGGAAAGGGAGCCAGUGGGAAUCCUUGCUCCGAAGUGUACCAUGGACCCCAUCCCAAUUCAGAAGUAGAAGUGAAGUCAGUGGUAGAUUUCAUUCAACAGCACGGGAACUUCAAAUGCUUCAUCGACGUGCACAGCUACUCACAGCUGCUGAUGUAUCCGUAUGGGUACACAGGAAAAGAGGCCCCGGAUGCCGAGGAGCUGGACAAGGUGGCGAGGCGUGCAGCUAAAGCUCUGGCUUCCCCGUUUGGCACUCAGUACCACGUGGGUUCCAUCUCUACUACCGUCUAUCCAGCUAGUGGGAGCAGCGUGGACUGGGCGUAUGAUAAUGGCAUCAAGUACGCAUUUACUUUUGAGUUAAGAGACACUGGGCACUAUGGCUUCCUCCUGCCAGCCGACCAGAUCAUUCCCACUGCAGAAGAGACCUGGCUGGGGCUGAAGACCAUCAUGGAGCAUGUGCGAGACCACCUGUACUAG